GCGGAGGAAAUUUUCAAAAAGUUGGAACGGGACUCAAAAGGUGAAGGUUAGUGACGAAAUCGAAGGUCGUCACAGAAGAAAACACACUUUGCUUCCGGAGUCGACAUCAUCCCGGGGAACUUUACUUUCGUCGCAGCGCAGUGGAGCGCUUUACUGUUGGUUUUUUCUUAUUACUUUUUAACCAUCAGCUGGCUGCUCCAGGAGUUGUUGAGUGCACGAAACUCUACUUUUGCAGGCUGAUGAGGCCACAGAGUUCUUAAGUCCACAAUGAGGUCUGUCAAGUACGCCCGGAGACUGCUGUACCUGGCCGUUGCUGGGGCUGGAGGGUUCUACACGGCCAGCAAAGUCGAAGAAGCCGAGUCAAGAUGAGAUCCAGAAGAUGAACGCCCCCCUGCCCCUGAGGGAGGAGCUGAUCAACAGUGUGAAGACACAGGAGAUGGAUGUGCUCAUUAUAGGGGGAGGGGCCACGGGGCUGGGCGUGGCUCUGGACUCUGUCACUCGCGGUCUGAAGACGGGCCUGGUGGAGAAAUUUGACUUCUCCUCUGGCACCAGCAGUCGCAGCACAAAGCUGAUCCACGGAGGCGUCCGCUACCUGCAGAAGGCUGUGUUCAAUCUGGACAUUGAACAGUACCGCAUGGUAAAGGAGGCACUGGGGGAGAGAGCCAACCUGCUGGAGAUCGCCCCCCACCUGGCCUACCCCCUACCCAUCAUGCUGCCUGUCUACCAGUGGUGGCAAGUGCCCUACUUCUGGGCGGGCAUCAAAAUGUACGACCUGGUGGCCGGGGGACAACUCCUCAAGCCCAGCUACCUGCUCAGCAAGAACAAGGCCCUGGAGUUGUUCCCCAUGCUCAAGAGAGACGCCCUCAAGGCAGCGCUGGUCUACUACGACGGCCAACACGAUGACGCCAGGAUGGCUCUCUCCCUGGCCAUCACGGCGGUGCGCCACGGUGCCUUCUGCCUCAACUACACCAAGACGCUGAGGCUCCUCAAGACCAGCGUGGGUGGCAAGGAGCAGGUGUGUGGGGCGCGGGUGCUCAACACGCUCACAGGAGAAGAAUACGACAUCCGCGCCAAGUGCGUGAUCAACGCCACGGGCCCGUACACGGACUCAGUCCGCUCCAUGGGCGACACGGAGUCCAAGGAGAUCUGCCAGCCCAGCUCGGGCGUCCAUAUCGUCUUGCCGGACUACUACAGCCCCGAGAGCAUGGGUCUCCUGGACCCCGCCACGUCGGACGGCCGGGUCAUCUUUUUCCUGCCCUGGCAGAAUGUAACACUCGCAGGCACAACCGACACUCCGUGCAAAGUGGAGGACAACCCUCAGCCUACGGAGAAAGAGAUACAGUUUAUCCUGAAGGAGAUCAGAAAUUACCUCAGCCCAGAUGUGGAAGUACGUCGAGGAGACGUUCUAUCUGCCUGGAGCGGUAUUCGACCUCUGGUUUCCGACCCGAACAAGACAGACACGCAGUCCAUCGCUCGCAAUCACGUCAUCGAGGUCUCCAAGAACAAGCUGGUCACCAUCGCCGGUGGCAAGUGGACGACCUACCGCUCGAUGGCGGAGGAGACGAUGGACAAAGCGAUCGAGGUGUGUGACCUGAAGCCCAGCAACCCGUGCCGGACCAAGGGACUGUUGCUGGACGGGGCGCACGGAUGGUCACCCACGCUGUUUAUCCGACUGGUACAAGAUUAUGGACUGGAGAACGCUGUGGCCCAGCAUUUAGCCCGCACCUAUGGAGACAAGGCCUUCAAGGUCGCCAAACUGUCGAACAUGACGGGCAAACGGUGGCCGGUGGUAGGCAAGAGACUGCACGAGGAGUACCCGUACAUUGAGGGAGAGGUGAAAUACGCAAUCCGUGAGUAUGCGUGUCGCGCCAUUGAUGUGCUGGCUCGGCGGACGCGUCUGUCCUUCGUGAACGUGCACGCUGCUCAAGAGGCUCUACCCCGUGUGGUGGAGAUGAUGGCUCAGGAGCUCAAGUGGAGCGAGGAGAGGAAGAAGGAAGAGAUAGCCCACGCCGAGCGCUACCUGAGGGCAGAGAUGGGUCUGGACAUCAAGCGUCUGACGGAGAAGGACGUCCCGCUCAACUUCACCAAGGCGGAGAUCAACCAGUUCGUUCAUCGCUUCAAGUCGCUCGACGUUGACAACAAGGGCUACAUCUCCAUCAACGACCUCCGCCGCUACUUCAAGUUUAUGAACGUGAAAAAGCAGAUAACUAGCCUACCCACCUCGUUAUACGGUAAAAAUGCGUCCCCGUUGCCCCUGGAAGACGACGGAUGGAAGCCAAGAUACGAGAAGCUAAUGAGCGCCAUUGAGCACGGGAUGGUGGUCAACUCCCGCUUUGCCAAAGCUGCGGAGGGCAAUGGAGAACCGGCCAACAAGAAGAUCUCUGUGGAAAGAAGCGGCGGAGGCGUUUAAUUGGCCCACGGGAUGCACGGAGGCGUUUGAUUGGCCCACAGGAUAUAUGGAGGUGUUUGAUUGGCCCACAGGAUAUAUGAUUGGCCCGCGGGAUGCAUGAAGGUGUUUGAUUGGCCCACAGGAUAUAUGGAGGGGUUUGAUUGGCCCACAGGAUAUAUGGAGGGGUUUGAUUGGUCCAUGGAAUAUAUGGAAGGGUUUGAUUCUCCACAGGAAAUAUGGAAGGGUUUGAUUGGCCCUCGGGAUAUAUGGACGGGUUUGAUUGGCCCACGGGAUACAUGGAGGUGAUUGAUUGGUCCAUAGGACGCUGUCCCCAUUUCCUAGGAGGUACUUUACGUCAUGAGUGGAUAAGGACUGCAGGUUUCGCCUCUUCCCCCCCCCCCCCCCCCC